UUUGGAUUUAUUUGGAACCAGAUACACAUGUGAUUUAAUUAAACAAUUUACAAAAUUAAUUAACAUUACCAUAAUACAAAAUCAAACAAUUAUUAUAGAACAAGAAAAUAUUGGAAAACAAAUAUUAACUACACAAAAUGGUUUAUUAUCCAUCAUUGCCACUGAUUGUAAAAUCAGAACAUCAUAGGCAAUUACCACAAAGUCAGUUGUGUUCACCAUUAAAUGGUGAAACACAAAUAUAUCAUAUUCCACCAUCAUCUCAAAUACAUUUAUUACAACAUUCAUCACAGCAAUCUUUAACUGGACAAACAACAGCAAUAAAUGGUCAUCAUAGUAAUGGAAAUUUAAAUGGAACACCAACAACACUUUUAAUACCAACAAAUAGUUUUUUACAAAAUAUUAAAGUAGAAAAUUUAUCAACACAUCAAACAUCAAAUAUAAAUAGUACAUCAUCAAUAUCAUCCGUACCAUCAUCAUCAUCACUAAUAUCAUCACACCAACAACAACAGCAACAUCAGCUGCCACAGCAACAACAAUCACAACGUCAACAAAUUUUACAUCAAUCUUCACCACCUCCACCUCCAACUACAUUAUCAUCACAAUCAAUAAAUCAAAAUAAUUUAUCAAUAAAUAGUAACAGUAUUGUGAAUAGUCGUAAUAAUAAUGGUAGAACACCAAAUGCAAAUAAACCGCAAUUUAAAUGCGAUCAGUGCAAUAUGAUUUUUAAUAGUAAAAGUGCCCAUACUAGCCAUGUUAAAUCACAUAAGAAACAACAACAACAUCAACAACAAUUACAACAACAGGAUAAUAAUUUCUCACAGAAUUUAAUUACAACAAAUGGAAAUCGUUUAAAUAGUAAUGGUGGAAUACUGUCACCAUCACUAUCACCAUCAGGGUCAUCAUCGACUGCAUCAUUACCAACAGCCAUUGCUCAAGUCAGUUCAACUGGUGCUGGUUCUGAUCCUUAUCAGUGCAAUGUUUGUCAAAAAACUUUUGCUGUGCCUGCAAGACUGAUUCGACAUUAUCGAACUCAUACCGGUGAGCGGCCUUUUGAAUGUGAAUUUUGUCACAAAAUGUUUAGUGUUAAAGAAAAUCUUCAAGUGCAUCGGCGUAUUCAUACCAAAGAACGACCAUAUAAAUGCGAUGUAUGCGGUAGAGCAUUUGAACAUAGUGGUAAAUUACAUCGGCAUAUGAGAAUACAUACAGGGGAACGACCACAUAAAUGUUCCGUUUGUGAUAAAACUUUUAUACAAUCCGGCCAAUUAGUUAUACAUAUGAGAACACAUACUGGUGAAAAACCUUAUAAAUGUCCGGUUGAAGGUUGUGGUAAAGGAUUUACAUGCUCCAAACAAUUAAAAGUUCAUUCCCGUACACAUACCGGUGAAAAACCCUAUCAUUGUGACAUUUGUUUCCGUGAUUUCGGUUAUAAUCAUGUUCUUAAAUUACAUAAAGUACAACAUUAUGGUUCUAAAUGCUAUAAAUGUACAAUAUGUGAUGAAACAUUUAAAAGUAAAAAAGAAAUGGAAGCUCAUAUAAAAGGACAUGCAAAUGAAUUACCAGAUGAUGAUGAUCCAAUUCCAUUAGAUCAAAGUCAAAAAUCUGAAGCAUCUCCAAGGCAAUCAUCUCCGUCUAUUGUAUUACAAAGGCCAAAAAUAGAACAACAACAUUCACCACAACCACCGCAAUUAUUACAACAACAACACUCACCAAAACCAUCAUCACAAUUAAUACAAUCAAUAAUUCCCCAACAUAUUGAAAUAAAACAAGAACCUAGAUAUCGUAGAAGUAUCGAAUCAUCUUGUUAUGAGACUGAAUCAUCUUCAAUAACUUCACCACCUUCACCAAUUCAUCAACGUAUACAAUCACAUAUCGGUACUGGUUCAUUAAGUACUGAAAAUGGUUCUGAAAUGGAAAUAUUAGAAUCAGAUCAAACAAUCGAUUAUCACCCAUCGAAUUCAUCAUCACCAAAUCGUAAUGAUGUAUAUACAAAUGUAUAUACAUGUUUUGAACAAGCUGCUGCAAUAGCUGCUAUACAGCAACAAAAUCAAAGACAACCUACACCACCAAAAAUUCAUCAUCAACAACAACAACAACAGCAACAAUCACAACAUCCGUCUAUUAAUCCAGCAUUAUUAGCUGCUGCUACAAUAGCUAGUCGACGUGUUGAAGAAGCUAGUCAAAGAAGACGUUUAAAUAUAUCAUCACCACCGCCAGCAUCAUUAUCAAAUGAAUCAACUGAAAAUUCUAAUGAGGAAAAUAUUGAUUAUUAUCAUAAAACAACAAAAGAUAUUAAUAAUCAUAAAACAAUGAUGUCACCACCACAACGACGUAUCGAUGAAAAUCAUACUGAACUUUAUACAUCUGAUUAUGCUUAUGAAACAUUAGAUGCAUUAAGACAGAGAGCAACUUAUUUUCCACCAGCACCAUCUGUAGCAGAAUAUAAACCAUCCUAUCGUAAUAAUGAUAUUGUCCGUCAAGUUGAAGCAGCAAUUGCUGGUGCCGGUCUCUCACCACCACGUUCAACAUCAACUGAAUCACCAGAACGUUCAUCAUCACCGGAAAGUGAUACAAUGAUGAUGGCAGAUCGUGAUGUUAUGACAUUACCAUUAAGAAAACGUAAACUUUAUAUGAAUGAUAGUCAAGCAACAAAAGAAGUUCCACAACCAGUUGUCAGAGUCAGUUCUGUUAUACAAUUUGCUAAAGCUUCAUAAAAUUUAAUCCCAAAAAAAAUUUAUAUAUAUAUUCGUAAUAUUUAUAUUAUAUAAGAUAAUUUAAAAUUAUUCUGUACGAAAAUAAAAAAAAAAAAUUAUGUGUUUUUUUUUUUCUUUUCA